AUGCCUCUGCUGCCGGCGCGACGGAGUUCGCUAUGUCUCAUCUGCUCUUUCGCCGCCCGCUCUCGAUCGCGAACCCAAAACCUCCUGCCCCGAAUCCAAGCCGCACACCGUUCCACCCCAGCCAAGCCCUCGAAGACGACGCAUUUCAAUCCUCUCCAACAGAGUAAACUUACAAAAGGAGGCGAUUCCAGAUCUUCCAAGUCGUCAAUACCCAUAGGCAUAGUCCGCGACAAACUAGACACCCUGCACAAGGAAUUCGCCACGCCAGAAUUUCUAGACAGACUCCAGAUCAGCCGCGAAGACUUCGACAAGGAAUGGACUACCUUCGAGCGAUCUAUCACCCUAUGGAUCAAGCAGGCCCCGCGUGAGUUGGUCACGUUGGUGCAGGAGGCCCAGCGGAGAAAGAACACACUUGAGAAGAGGCUACGAUAUUUGUUCUAUGCGCAAGCAUGUGGCGGCCGCUUCACGACGGCCGAGGCGGAGAACCAGAAGGAGGUGGCGGACCUGCGCUACCCAGCCGAAUGGUAUCCAGCGACACGGGAGAUUACGCGGACAGUACACAUGCACGUUGGGCCGACCAACUCUGGCAAGACGUACCACGCCCUGAAGCGUCUGGAGGAAGUCAACUCGGGCAUCUACCUUGGUCCGCUGCGGCUCCUCGCCCACGAGGUCUACACGCGCCUGAAUGCAAAGGGCAAGCCAUGCGCUCUGGUUACGGGUGAAGAACAGCGCUUGCCCGAGGACACACACGCCAACAUGUAUAGUUGUACUGUCGAAAUGGCCCCGCUCAAUACCAGAUUUGAUGUGGCUGUCAUCGACGAGAUACAGAUGAUCAACCACCAGGAACGGGGCUGGGCAUGGACACAGGCUUUCAUGGGUCUACAGGCCAAAGAAAUUCAUCUCUGCGGAGAAGCACGCACAGUACCACUGAUGCGCGAGCUUUGCGCUCUUGUUGGCGAUAAAGUGCACGUACACGAGUACGAGCGUCUGACGCCACUUCAGAUCCAGCCGAAGAGUCUGGGAGGCAACCUCACACUCCUUGAGAAAGGUGAUUGUAUCGUUGCUUUCACCGUCCUGGGUAUACAUGCGCUGCGACGCGAGGUGGAGAAGAAGACAGGCAAGAAGUGCGCUAUCGUAUAUGGAGGCUUGCCACCUGAGACAAGAGCUCAACAAGCCCGCUUGUUCAACGACCCAGACAAUGACUACGACUACCUCGUGGCGAGUGAUGCCAUCGGCAUGGGUCUCAACCUUGCUAUCAAGCGUGUCAUUUUCGAAUCUACUAUCAAGAGUAACGGCCUGAACUACGUGCCCCUGCAGAUCUCCGAGAUCAAACAAAUCGCCGGCCGUGCUGGGCGCUAUAAAACUGCUCAGCAAGCAGUCACUACAGACUCCGAACAGGCUUCGAUUGUUGACGGCGCCGCUGACCCCGCUAUUGGCCUAGACGACAAGCAACCCGAUACUGUCGAGGCAAAGAGACCUGAAGAGAAGACUAUAGGAUGGGUCACUACACUUGACCAAGUCGACCACGCGGCCUUGAAAUUGGGCAUGAAGCGUGAGCCCGAACACAUCAGCACAGCCGGCCUCUUCCCGCCGUCGCUUAUCGUUGAGCGGGUUGCCAACUACUUCCCCCCGGGAACACCUUUCGGAUACAUUAUGCUACGUCUACAUGAGAUCUCUGAGUUACACCCUCGAUUCCAUCUCUGUGCACUAAAAGACCAGCUGGCGAUUGCUGACGCCAUUCACAUGGUCAAAAAUCUCAGCAUUCAAGACCGAAUCAUGUUAUGUGCCGCACCCAUCAACAUGCGCCAACCGUCCCAGAAAGCGUUUCUGCGCCACCUCGCUGAAUGCAUUGCUGAAGGCAAGUCGGGUAGCCUAUUGGAUCUUGACACUCUGCCACUCAGCGUCAUGGACCGGCCCUCGUCUGCUGAGCGCAAGUAUCUCCACGAUCUGGAGGAACUGCACAAGAUGCUGGUAUGCUACCUAUGGCUGAGUUACCGAUUUCCCAACGUCUUCACCACCAGAGCCCUGGCCAACCACACAAAGAAACUCGUCGAAGAUCAGAUCGAGAAAACACUAAACGACUUCUCUUUCAUUGAGCAGGCGAGGAAGCGGAUGAAGACUACCAGAAAACAAGCAAGGAGAUCGAUGGUAUCAGAGCCUGAGACCAAUGAAGUCGACGGCCCCCAGGUUGCGGCUUUGAAGCAUCACAUCUCUGUACCACCGGGCAUGCCAGAGGAAGCGAAGGAUAUUCUCACCGAUCCGCGAUUGGCUUCUGACGAGCCCGCAACCACCGACGAUGUAAACGAAUACCCUGAUGAUCUACCAGCCACCAAGCUGGAUUCGCUUGCAGCCGAACACCAGGAGCGAACUGCCAAGCUUUCAGACGAAGUCAACGACCUUCUCAAAGGCCGAGCACAGUAUGCGGCUAACUCUAGCGAAGCCGUACGUCCCGUGAAUUAG